GGGCGCCGCCAUCUUUGUUAUGCGCAUGGAAUGAUGGGUAAUCUAGGGAAGCCCUAAAAAAUCCAACAUGGCUGCCGUCAGCUUGAAACCUAGCCAAGGAGAUGCUGAUGUUCAGGUGACCUAUGAGGACCAGCAGAAGAUCAACACAUUUGCAAACAAAAAUGCAAAACUUGUGGAACUCAAAGAGGAAAUUGAGGCGAAGCAGAAAGAGCUCCAGAACCUGGAGGAUGCCUCAGAUGACCUCCUGAUGGUGGAUGACGAGUCUGCACCAAUCCCAUACCGGAUAGGGGAGGUAUUUAUAUCCAUGCCACUGGAAGCAACACAGGAGAAGCUGGAAGAAGCCAAGACUCAGAUUCAACAGCAGAUUGCAGGCCUAAAUGCACAAGCAGAUGAAAUUAAGGGAGUUCUAGGAAAACUCAAAGUGGAACUUUAUGCCAAGUUCAGCAACAACAUCAACCUAGAGAUGGAUGAAGAUUAGAAAAUGCCUUUUACAUGUACAUGUAUAUCACUGAAUGAUUUCAGCAACAAAAGCGUGUGUUAAUCAUCAUACAAUAGGGAAUAUAAUGUAAAAUUUUUGUUUCCAUUGUCUAGCUCUCACAAAGCUGUAGGUAGUCUUAUGUCUGUUGAAGAUGAGUAUGUUCUUGUUACAUUUUCCUUCAUUUUGAUUUGUGCAUUUGACCUAAAUACUGUUUCAUAAGCACUGACUUCAUAUACAUUGUAUGUGUGAAUAUUUGAACCUUUUCUUGCAGUUGGUCACAUGUUUGUACAGAGUUACAUGCAGUGGGCUUCUUUAACCACUGAUUUAUGGUAUGCUGUGAUUGUCAGCACGUAAUAGAUAAGCAGAGCUAUACAUCAAACUGUAUUCUGUGAAUAUUUAUUUCUUCAAAUGCUAGCCUUUGUGUCAGACAAAUUCUGUGAACCUCUCAAUCACUGACUCAGACAUUGUAGUAAGUAGACACACUCCCAAAUUUUCAUCUGCAAAAGUACAUUAUACUGAUUAAACUUAGUUGGAACGAGGACGUUCUCCUUGGUUGGAAUCAAUAUCUGCUAUGACAAAAAGAGAAAUGACUUUACAAGGGACAUCAGGUCUUCUUCUUCUCCCUUUUAUAGCCCACAUCCAUGUUAUUGGUAAUGAAUAUGGGAGGGAGUCGCAUAGUGUGUAGAAGUCUGUGUUCAGUAACCAAUAAAAUCAAACUUCAUGGAUG